AUGCUGGACCCGUACACAUGUAUCGUCAAGAAGAAUCGAAAGUAUGCCUCUGAAUGCACCGAGGUUCAUUUAGCCAAUCACGGAGCCGACAGCCUCUCGAAGAAUUUCGACCACUUCGGUAAUCUGGAGGUUGUUUGGUUGCAAGGGAAUCAGCUCUCCAGGGUGGAAAACCUUCAGGGCAAUUUUCGAAUUCGCGAGAUCUACCUGCAGAAUAAUCGCUUGGUAUCUCUGGCGGGCUUGCGAACCUUCAAGUUUCUCAAGGUCCUCCUAGCGAGUGGGAACCAAUUGCGAAACCUCGACAAACAGCUGGGCUUGCUUUCGAGGUUUGCCUUCUUGCAGAAGCUCGACCUUUUUGACAAUCCAGUAAGCGAAGAGCCGGACUAUCGCUUGCGACUGAUUUAUCAGCUGCCUCAGGUAGAGAUACUAGAUCAGCAUUCUGUGAAAGUGAAGGAGCGCUUGAAGGCGGAUGAAGUGGUUCCCAACCUGGACAAGGUUUCAGCAGUGAAGGUGGGAAGGCCAAAACCCAAGGAUCAUGGCUUUUCUGUGCUGGAGAGGCAAUGCAUCCGCACGGCGAUGGAGAUUCGACAAAAGCGGAGGAAGGAGGAGGAAGCUCUGCUGAGUCGCAGCAUUCGAGUGGCCCCGGAGGUGUUGCCACCGGACUGCAAAGUCUUCAAGUGGAAUCGCGAGAGAUGGAGUGAUCCAAGGAGGAAAGUUCAACAUGAGCUCACCAGGCCUACUCCCUGGGAAAAAAUGGAGUUACGAAGCUUCAUUGAAAAGAAAUGUGAGAAAAAACAGCUCAACAAGGAAGACGUCCAGGCCCUGGCCAAGGAGCUGUCAGAGAAAGGCCUCGAAGAAUUUGGACGCUUCUUGAAGAGCCACGAAAUCUUUGAAGGGAAUCCCUGGGAGGAAACUUCUCAGGAUACCUCAGCACUUGGAAUGAGCCUCAGGCUGCACAAUGAGAAGAGUGGCCAGGCAGAGGUCCAAGUGCAUCCCCUGGAGAGCUUGCGUCAGGACCCAGAGGCAACGAUGCCGGCGGCCGCUGUGAGUAAUUUGCUCUUGCAGCUGGAAUGGCCUCGAUAUGACGACGACUUCCUGGAGAAGCGUAUUGCGGAGCUGUACGACGACCUACGUCGUGCAGACUUCCAGGGAGACAAAGAAGCCGUGGUCAAGUAUCGAACCCAGGCAUUGAGGUUGGAAGGUGCGAAGAGCCUCAAAGAGCACGUAGAGUUGAAUCGGAAGGAGACAGGCAAGGUCACCGAGAAAGGACGCUUUGAUGUUUUUCCUCAGACAGUCAUACGAUCCAAGCGCCAGAUAGAUGAAAGUACAGGGCGCAUUGUUUUGAAGGUGGGUAUGGAUCUGCGCAGCACCAGUAUGGGAACCAUUCGACGGGGUGUCGCGUAGAGUCUGCGUUUCACUGGCAGAAAUCUCAUGGGAUCUCUGUACCGUUUCACGUAGCUCGUGUUUCACCUGGAGAAAA